AUGACAUCCAUGCGACUGUGUGACUGUGAGAGAGAGCGGUUUCAGGUGAAGAACCCCCCACACACGUACAUCCAGAAGAUGCGAAGCUUUCUGGACCCUGCUGUUACCAGGAAGAAAUUUCGCCGGAGAGUGCAGGAGUCGACCCAAGUGCUCCGCGAGUUGGAGAUCUCGCUGCGAACCAAUCACAUCGGCUGGGUGAGAGAAUUCCUGAAUGAGGAGAAUAAGGGUCUGGACGUGCUGGUGGAGUAUCUGUCCUUCGCUCAAUAUGCUGUCACGUUUGAUGGUGAUGCUCCGGAGGGCAAUCCUGAAGUUUCCGUGGAGACUCCAUGGAGCCGAUCCAUUGAGGAUCUCCAUGGCGACAGUAACCUUCCCUCUCCAGUUAGUGGCAGCAACAUACCUCGCUCCACCCGUCACUCUUUGAGUAGGUCCAACACCCUGCCAAGCCGCAGGACUCUGAAGAACUCCAGACUAGUGUGUAAGAAGGACGACGUGCACGUGUGCAUCAUGUGUCUGAGGGCCAUCAUGAACUACCAGUACGGUUUUAAUAUGGUCAUGUCCCAUCCACACGCUGUGAAUGAAAUUGCUCUGAGCCUCAACAAUAAAAAUCCCAGGACUAAGGCUCUGGUGCUGGAGCUGCUGGCCGCUGUGUGUCUUGUGCGUGGGGGUCAUGAGAUAAUCCUGGCUGCCUUCGACCACUUCAAGGAGGUGUGCUCGGAGGCGCAGAGGUUUGAGAAACUAAUGGAGCAUUUUAAGAAUGAGGACAACAACAUUGACUUCAUGGUUGCCUGCAUGCAGUUCAUCAACAUAGUCGUGCACUCAGUUGAGGACAUGAACUUCAGAGUGCAUCUGCAGUAUGACUUCACCAAGCUCUCCCUGGAUGAGUAUCUAGAGAGGCUGAAGCACACGGAGAGUGAUAAGCUGCAGGUGCAGAUCCAGGCGUACCUGGACAACCUGUUUGACGUGGGCACGCUGCUGGAGGACGCCGAGACCAAGAACGCCGCGCUGGAGCGCGUCGAGGAGCUGGAGGAGAACGUGUCUCAGCUGACCGAUAAGCUUCUGGACACUGAGAAUGAGGCCAUGUCCAAGAUCGUGGAGCUGGAGAAGCAGCUGAUGCAGAAGAACAAGGAGCUGGAGUCCACACGAGCAGUGUACCGGGACGCCAGCUCGCAGGUGCACGCGCUGCGGCGGAUGGUGCGCGAGAAGGACGAGGCCAUCCAGCGCCAGAGCCGGCUGGAGAAGAAGCUGACGGAGCUGGAGCGGCGCAGCAGCCUGCAGAUCACCCAGCGCGGCGAGGGCGACGGAGAGGGCGGAGACUCCAGCGGCAGCGAGGGCGGCGCCUCCACCUCCUCCGUCGCCUCGUCCUCCUCGGCCGCCGCCGCCGCGUGCGCCGCCGCCACCUCCACCACCUUGCUGCCCUCCCCGCCGCCCUCUCUGCACGCGCUCAUGACGUCCCCACUGACCCCUGGUCCUCCGCCACCUCCUCCACCUCCUCCACCACCUCCACCUCCUCCUCCCCCACCUCCUCCUCCUCCUCCCCCUCCUCCACCUCUCCAUGGCCACCUGGAGAUCUCUGGUCCACUGCCUCCCCCUCCUCCCCCCAUCGCACCCCCUCUUCCUGGCUGUGGUUCCCCCACAGUCAUCUUCAACUCUGGACUCACAGCCGUUAAGAUCAAGAAGCCUAUCAAGACCAAGUUCCGGAUGCCGGUGUUCAACUGGGUCGCCCUCAAACCCAACCAGAUCAACGGCACCGUCUUCAAUGAGAUUGAUGACGAGCGCAUCCUGGAGGACCUGAACGUGGAUGAGUUUGAGGAGAUGUUCAAGACCAAGGCCCAGGGUCCAGCCCUGGACAUGACCCUGAGCAAGCAGAAGGCCCCACAGAAGGGGCCCAACAAGGUGUCCCUGCUGGAGGCCAACAGGGCCAAGAACCUGGCCAUCACGCUGCGCAAGGCAGGCAAGAGCCCUGAGGAGAUCUGCAAGGCCAUCCACACGUUCGACCUGCGCACGGUGCCGCUGGACUUCGUGGAGUGCCUGAUGCGCUUCAUGCCCACGGAGGCGGAGGUGAAGAUGCUGCGGCAGUACGAGCGCGAGCGGCGGCCCCUGGACGGCCUGACGGACGAGGACCGCUUCAUGAUGCUCUUCAGCAAGAUCGAGCGGCUGCCCCAGCGCAUGAGCAUCAUGGCCUUCAUGGGCAACUUCACCGACAGCACGCAGAUGCUCACGCCGCAACUUCAUGCAAUCAUUGCAGCUUCAGUCUCCAUCAAGUCUUCACAGAAGCUGAAGAAAAUUCUGGAGAUCAUCCUGGCCCUGGGGAACUACAUGAACAGCAGCAAGAGGGGAGCGGUCUACGGAUUCAAACUACAGAGUCUGGAUCUGCUGCUGGAGACCAAGUCCACGGACAGGAAGCUGACUCUGCUGCACUACAUUGCCAACGUGGUGAAGGAGAAGUACCCCGUUGUGUCUCCCUUCUACAACGAGCUGCAUUACGUGGAGAAAGCUGCCGCCGUGUCCCUGGAGAACGUGCUGCUGGACGUGCGUGAGCUGCAGAGGGGCAUGGACCUGACGCGGCGCGAGUACAGCAUGCACGGGCACAACUCCCUCCUCAAGGACUUCGCCCACCACACAGAGGCCCGCCUCAAGAAGCUGCAGGACGACGCCCGCAUUGCCCAGGAUGCGUUUGACGACGUGGUGAAGUUCUUCGGAGAGAGUGCCAAGACCAUGCCGCCUUCCGUCUUCUUCCCUGUGUUUGUUCGGUUUGUCAAGUCUUACCGGCAAGCGGACGAGGAGAACGAGCAGAGGAAGAAGCAAGAGCAGAUGAUGAUGGAGAAGCUUCUAGAACAAGAGGCCAUGAUGGAGGAGCAGGAGGACCAGGCGUCACCAUCUCACAAGGGCAAGCGUCAGCAGCUGGACCUGAUCACUGAGCUGAGGCGCAAACAGGGCAAAGACAGCCGCCACGUCUACGAGGGCAAAGAUGGCGCCAUCGAGGACAUCAUCACAGUGCUGAAGACCGUCCCAUUUACGGCGCGAUCAGCCAAACGGGGCUCGCGCUUCUUCUGUGACCCCGCCCACAACGAGGACUUCCACUAUUAGCCUAAAACAAAAGCCUCUCCUCCUCCUCGUCAACAAGGUCUGCGCAGCCAGCCCUACAGACGGAUGGACGGCAUACGGAGGAGCAUGAGGAAGAAGUUGGAGGAUCAGCUGCUGCAGUCCCUCAGUGUGGAGGUGACCACCUAACUACUGAACACCGCAAAACAGGAGGAGGAGAGGAGGUGACCACCUAACUACUGAACACCGCAAAACAGGAGGAGGAGAGGAGGUGACCACCUAACUACUGAACACCGCAAAACAGGAGGAGGAGAGGAGGAGAGGAGGUGACCACCUAACUACUGAACACCGCAAAACAGGAGGAGGAGAGGAGGAGAGGAGGUGACCACCUAACUACUGAACACCGCAGAACAGGAGGAGGAGAGGAGGAGAGGAGGUGACCACCUAACUACUGAACACCGCAAAACAGGAGGAGGGAGAGGAGGUGACCACCUAACUACUGAACACCGCAGAACAGGAGGAGCAGAGGAGGUGACCACCUAACUACUGAACACUCACGCAAAACAAGAGGAGGAGAGGAGGUGACCACCUAACUACUGAACACUCACGCAAAACAAGAGGAGGAGAGGAGGUGACCACCUAACUACUGAACACUCACGCAAAACAAGAGGAGGAGAGGAGGUGACCACCUAACUACUGAACACCGCAGAACAGGAGGAGGAGAGGAGGAGAGGAGGUGACCACCUAACUACUGAACACCGCAAAACAGGAGGAGGAGAGGAGGAGAGGAGGUGACCACCUAACUACUGAACACCGCAAAACAGGAGGAGGAGAGGAGGUGAGGAGGUGACCACCUAACUACUGAACACCGCAGAACCGGAGGAGGAGAGGACGUGACCACCUAACUACUGAACACCGCAAAACAGGAGGAGGAGAGGAGGUGAGGAGGUGACCACCCAACUACUGAACGCUCACGCAGAACAGGAGGAGGAGAGGAGGUGACCACCCAACUACUGAACGCUCACGCAAAACAGGAGGAGUAGAGGAGGGGGCCAGCAGAAUGGUGCUUUCUCUCUCUCUCUCUGAGGGACAUCUCUCAUCUCAUUUGAAAAAAUCACUGUUUCUGGACUUUUAGCAAGCAGUGAGGAUGUAAUAUAUAUUAUUUUUUUUUGUUGUUGUUCUUAUGGGAGACCUUUGCCUGGUUCGGUCUCCAUACCAAGGUGUGGUGCUGGGGUGGGGUCUUGGCACUACUAACAGCGGACUUGACACUUGGCUGCUCCAGUGUGAUAUUUUUUUGUCUCAUCAUUGCCGUCCAGUGUUUUUAAGUCUCCUUUUAUCCUGGAGCGAGGCAAGUGCCCAACAUGCACUUUUUACAGACUUUUAUUCGUCCGUAUUAAUCUGCAUUCACGUCUUAAAGAAGAAGGGGGUGUGCGUUCAAGUCAACAUACUGGAAGCUCAAGAGAGAGAAAAAAACUGUUCUAGACUCCUGGAGUGAAAUUUGUGAAGGCAUGGCCAUCCCGAGUGCUAAAGAAAAAAAAAAAAAGAAGUAUGCAUUUCAUUUGUGACACUGACUGUUGUUUUCUGCUGGUUGUGUUCAAGUGAAUGAACGUCGUCGUGAAGAGUUCAUUCUUUUUUUAAAAUUAGGAAGUAAUCAUGUGAAAGAACAAAAAAAAAAAAAACAAUUUGUAAAUGUACAUAUAUUUUGCUACGAAAGUCAAACAUCUUAUUUUUUACAUCGUCCAUCCAUUGUAAUACUGUAAAUACUCACGUGAGCCAAACUAACACCUUCCCUUAUGAUCCCUGUUCCUUUUUUUAAGUUAUGUUGUUUGAGUAGAUUUUAUUUAACACUGUGGUGAAGACUGCCUUGGACCGACCUCGUAUGAAAAGUGUAUCCAACCGUUUCUGACCCUUGACCUUUUACCUUUGACUUUUGACCGUUGACCUAACAUCACACUUCUCACUCGUCACUCCUGUAACAUGUGAUAGAUUUGUCUGUCAUUUGCACGUUAAUCCACUGAAAAACCUGAAUGGACACCUAAGUAGCACACGUUCCUUUUCUACCUUGUUCCUAUUCUGCUAAACUGGAACCCCUGAUCUUUCAAUGGCUAUCAUCAAAUAAAAAUAACAA